CCGCCCCGCCCCGCCCACCCCAACGGCUGCACAGGGCCCGCCCGCCCACCGCGCGCCCAGCCUUUACGGGCGCGGGGUCAUAGAGCCGAAGUCCGCCUGUGAGCAGAGCGGCUCCGAACCAGAGAUGUGAAGCCAGCCAAGGUACAGAGCGGAAAUGAAGGCGAGCGGUGCCGGAAGUAGCGUGACGUAUCUGGUUCCUAGGCAACUGUAGUAAACAGUUCGCGCGCCGUGCUUGGGGUUGCAGGGAGCGGGCCGCAGACCCAGACUCCACCACAGCCACUGAAUGGCUCAGCUACAGCUGGCCUUGUAUACACAGGUGGAUUCUACGGUGACAUCUCCUGGUCUUCCCUUGAUAGGGCAGGAGAGGUAUCACUCCAAGCCCCUUGGGCAUCAGACCCAGCUUGAACACCUGAAAAACAACUUCCAGCAGCAAUUCCUCCAUGACAAAGAGGAGAGGCUGAAGGGUCUGUGCAUCCACAAAGCCCAGAGCUAUUCAUGCUCUCUCUCUGCUGGGAGCAACCAACAGAACCCUGGGCAGGCCGGCUUCUACUCUGCGGGACUCCACAGUAGAUACCCUACCAAUCAGGCCAAUACUCUGCCUUCCAAAUGGAUAGCCAGGCGAAGAGGAGUGGACCGGUCAUACCCCCUGAAACCAGUCUUUUAUCGCAAGGCUGGAAAUGUUCCAGUGACAAGUGCUGGUCAGCUCAGAAGUCCCCAAGCCAUGGAGGAGUCUCCCAAUAGCAGGUCUAGCUCAAAGAACAAAGGGAAUUUUACAACAGCCAGGGCGCUGCCAGAUACAGAGGCAUCACCUUGGUCAGCAGAGCCUAAGCAUUUGGCCUCUCAUUUGGACAGACCAGAGUUGGGUUACAUUCAAAGGUUGGAGGCAGCUGGACAGAGCAUGAAGGUAGAGAUCCGCAGGAAAGAGGCCCUCCUCUGGGAGAAGCUGAAGAGAACAGAGGAGGAGCUCAGGAGGAUCCAGAGAGAGAGGGAGCAGGUGGAGGUGGAAGAGAGAAAGGCAACAGGGGUGCCGACAGAGGCACAAAGGAUGCCUGAAAGAAAGGAAAAUGUUUGCAGAGCUACUACCAGACCCAGUGAGGGGUGCUAUAACCAGGGGCAGUCUCUGGAGGGUGCCAGUUUUCUGACUGGCAUUAGUUUCCUUCCCUGGGAACUAGGCAUGGAGAGACUCAAGAAAGAACGGCUGGUAGCCAGCAAUAACAAAAUUCGAGACCACAUCCCUCUGGAGAGCUCGGCCUCCCGCCCAGAGCUGGUUUUGAACUAUAGCCAGGCUCCAUCUGCAGCAGCUCUCUCCCACCAAGACUUAAGCCACUGCCAAGCAGCAGAACCAUUGUAUGUGCAGGUCCCCGCUGCUGCAGAGCAAGGGGAGCUGGGACAAUGUGGUUUCUGCAGGCGCCAAUUUCUCUGCUUUAGGCUGGAGAAGCACAUGAACAUCUGCAGCAAGAAUCAGAGCUCCAAAAGGAAAGUAUUUGACUCUAGCAAGGCCAGAGCCAAGGGCACCGAACUGGAGCAAUUUAAGCAAUGGAAGGCCUCAGACAUCCCACAGGAUAAGCCACCUCAGACAAACAACUGGAGACAGAAGCAUGAGUAUUUCAUCCGGACCCUGCGCCAAGCCCGCCAGGUGCAGCAGGUGCUGUCCAGAGGGGGAAAGCUCUCGGACUUGCCCCCACUGUCCCCAGUAGAGAACCCAGACUAUGUCUCCUGCCCCCACUGCAGCCGCCGCUUCGCACCCAAAGUGGCGGAGAGACACAUUCCCAAAUGCAAGACCAUCAAAAAUAGACCCCCGCCCCCACCCCAAAGGAGACGUUGCUAAAUGGGAUCUGGCCUCACCAGGGCCUGCCCUUAAAGACUCAUUUUGUGCUGUCACCCUUCCCCAAGCUGGCUGCUGUGGUAUAAGAUAUUCCCAUGUACAAGAAGCCAUGGACAGCGUAUUAAAGUUUGUGUACUUUGA